AUGCUGAUUGAUAUAAUAUCAUCAAGUACAUCUGAAAAGAUUUCAAAUCAUGAAAAAUCAAAUAAGCAAGAUCUUGAAAUCAAUAUAGAAUCAUGUUCAUCAAUAGAAGAAAACUCAGAAAACACCAUCAUUAAUGAAAAACAUUCAAAUCCAUUUUUAAAUCCCAAAAUUGAAGAAUAUUAUAGAACUCUAUAUAAAAAUUCAAAUUAUGAAAGUUAUUCAGCAUUUGAUCCAUUUUUUAAUUGGUCACCAAAAGAAGAAAAAACUGUUAAAAUUAAAUUAUAUUAUAGAGUUGCAUUUACUGCAUGUUUAAUGUUUAUAUCAUUACAAAUUGAUAGAGGAAAUCUUGCACAAGCUGUUACAGAUAAUUUUUUAAAAGAUUUAAAUUUAAAUUCAAAUGAUUAUAAUAUUGGUAAUACUUUAAGUCUUGUAUUUUUUAUGAUAUCUGAAGUUCCUUCUCAAUUAAUUUCAAAAAGAUUAGGUCCUGAUAUUUUUAUUCCAAUUCAAAUUUGUUGUUGGAGUAUUGUUUCUAUAAGUCAAAUUGGUUUAAAAGAUAAAGCUGGAUUUUAUAUAACAAGAGCUCUUAUAGGUCUAUUGCAAGGUGGAUUUAUUGCCGAUUUAGUACUUUGGUUAUCUUAUUUUUUUACAAGUUCAGAAUUACCAUUAGUUUUAUCAUGGUUUUGGGUGUCAUUAUCAUUAUGUCAAAUUGUUUCAAGUUUAUUAGCUUUUGGAAUCUUAAGAAUAAAUACUUGGGGUUGGGCAGGUUGGAAAUUUUUAUUUUUAAUUGAAGGUUCAUUUUCUUUAGUUGUUGGUAUUGCAUCAUUUCAUUUAAUGGUACCUUCUGCAGUACAAACUAAAAAAUUUCUUAAUCCUAAAGGUUGGUUUACUGAUAGAGAAAUUAAAAUUGUUGUUAAUAGAAUAUUAAGAGAUGAUCCAAGUAAAGGUACAAUGCAUAAUAGACAACCUAUAUCUUCAAAAAUGUUAUGGAAAUGUCUUUGUGAUUAUCAUUUAUGGCCAAUUUAUCUUAUUGGAUUUUAUGCAUUUAUGGGUAUAAAUACUUUUACUCCAUAUUUUGGAUUAAUUACAAAAUCUCUUGGAUUUUCAACUUUUAAUACCAAUUUAUUAACUAUUCCUCAAGCUAUUUUACAUAUUAUUUUCUUGUUACUUAUAACUUGGUUUUCAGAAUUUAUUAAUGAUAGAGGAUUUGUUUGUUUAAUAGCUCCAGUGUAUGCAACUCCGAUAAUUGGUAUUAUUAGAUGGUGGCCUCAAGCUGGUAAAAAUAUUUGGGGCACAUAUGUAUUAAAUACUUUAUUUUUAGGUCAACCUUUUAUUCAUGCAAUUUGUGUUAGUUGGGUAUCAAGAAAUUCAAAUUCAGUAAGAUCAAGAUCUAUAAGUAGUGCAUUGUAUAACAUGUUUGGACAAAUUGGUAAUAUUAUUGCUAAUUUCAUAUAUAGAAAUGAUGAUAAACCAUUAUAUUUAAGAGGUAAUAUGCAAUUGUUUUGGAUUACUUUUGGAUUGAUUCCUUUAUUAUUAAUUAUUAAAUUUUAUUAUGUGUUUGUUAAUAAAAAGAGGAAUAAGAUUUGGAAUAAUAUGAGUGAAGAUGAAAAGGAUGAUUAUAGGAAAUAUACAAAAGAUGAAGGAAGUGAUAGAUUAGAUUUUAGAUUUGCAACGUGA